AUGCCUUACACAGAGCUCAACGAAGAAUUGGAUGCGAUUGAGGCAAUUUACCCGGGAAGUACGGAGAAAUUGGGCCCGGGAAUCGUUCUGCUCACUGUACCUGAUUUCAGCGACAUUUCUAUCCAGUUGGUAUUUCCCGAAUCCUAUCCUGUUGAGAAACCUAGCAUGAUACAAGCCCUAACUAAAAACGUACGGAAAUAUCCCGAUUUGAAAUACAUAGAGAACAAAAUCAACGAGUUGAUAGACAGCGUGUUCAUGGAAGAAAUGGUAAUUAUUUUCGAGUUGCUUGGCGAGAUACAGACCUUUCUAGAGGCGUACGACGAGGAACACGCACGGGAACUCCAGGAGAUCGAAGCACCAGGUUCACCUGAGCCGCGGUUGACCAAAGAGCGUGAUUACACUGCCGAAUGGAUACAGUCAGACCCGAUAGUGGAUCGGAAUUCUUCCUUCAUUGCAUACGCUAGAGAGGCUCAUUCAGUGGAAGAAGCGAAUAAAUAUAUUGAUGACUUGAAAAAUGAUCGCAAGAUUGCAAAGGCGACACAUAAUAUGACGUCAAUGAGGAUCAAGGGUACGAAUGGAACGUCUUUCCAAGACUGUGAUGAUGACGGUGAAACAGCCGCGGGACUGCGCAUGCUCCACUUGAUGACCAUUAUGGAUGUUUGGAAUGUGGUGGUGGUCGUCAGCAGGUGGUACGGAGGCACACACUUAGGGCCUGACCGGUUUAAGCACAUUAACACAGCAACAAGGGACGUUCUAAUCAAGGGGGGAUUUUUCUUGGAAUCAGACAAGAAGAAGAAGUGA